AUGGUUUCAGCUCGAGAAUUUUAUGCGUUCAGACUGCAAAUCAGAAGAAAUACCAACUCAAUACUAUUAGAAUCCGCACGUCUCCUGCAUCAGUUUACAGUAGAUAUGUACGUCAAGAUUGAAACUUCCAGGUUAGACUACUUCAGAAACAGGCAAGAAGAGAUCCGAGCAGAUUUAUACCAAGGCAUUGUCGAUAGCAUUGGACAUGGUGAAUCUGACCCUGCGAAGAUUGGGAAACGCAUUGUUCUCCCGAGUACUUUUAUAGGAGGACCAAGGGAUAUGCGAAAGCGAUACUUAAAUGCCAUGACUUUGGUAGAGAGGUAUGGAAAACCUAAUCUCUUCCUAACAAUGACAUGUAAUCCAAAUUGGCCAGAGAUAAAGGAUGAAAUGAAAGCACAUGAAGAGGCACAGAACAGAGCAGAUUUGCUAUCUAGAGUGUUCAGAAGUAAAGUUGAGCAUUUGCAGAAAGAAAUAGUGAAGAAUCAGCUCUUUGGUCCAGUUCAGGCAUAUACAUUUGUCAUUGAAUUUCAAAAGAGGGGUCUCCCUCAUGUGCAUAUGUUGAUAAUUCUUAAAAAGCUCGUCAAACUUGACACAAUUGAUAAGAUCGAUGCAUUCAUUUCAGCUGAAAUACCAGAUAAAAAGAAGUACCCUCAUCUAUAUGCAAUGGUCUUAAAACACAUGAUGCAUGGACCCUGUGGAGAAUUGGAUAUGAGAAGAACAUGCAUGGAAAAUGGAAAGUGUAAGAAUCAUUAUCCAAGAAGUCACUGCGCAGAAACAACUAUUGAUUCUGAUGGUUAUCCAAUAUAUAGAAGACGUCUAACUGGUGAAGUAGUGGAGAUUCGUGGCCAAAUGCUCGACAACAGAUGGGUUGUCCCAUACAAUCCUUAUUUACUAGCAACAUUUGACUGCCAUAUUAAUGUCGAACAAUUCCAAGCUGCAAGACGGAUAUCACCACCAGAGGCAAUAUGGCGAAUAUAUCGAUUUGCACUCCACGAAAUCCGACCAGCUGUCAUCAGUUUGCAGCUACACUUAGAAGGUUGCCAAUUGAUGCCAUUAAAGAAGGAUACAAAUCUACAUAACAUAGUAGAUAAUGAAUUCAUGUCAAGAACAAUGCUCACACAGUUUUUCUGGAUGAAUGCGCACAAUGAUAAAGCUAAGUCAUUGAAGCUAUUAUACAAAGACUUUCCACAACACUUUGUAUGGACUGCUUCAUCCAGAACGUGGACAGAGCGAAAAUAG